AUGAUUGUCAUUGAUAUUAUUGUGGGGAAGCUCUUAUAUCCGCUUGUCGAGCACUUCUUCUCAUCCGUUGGGCAUCACAUUGGUUAUUUGGUUCACUACAAGAAGCACAUUAAGGAUCUUGAACAUGAAAUUGAGAAGCUUAGGGGUGAGAGGGGGAGGAAUCAAGGAGCAGUGAGUAGAGCCAUGGACAGUGCAGAAGUCAUUGAGGAGGAUGUAUUGAAUUGGCUAAAGAAGGUUGAUGAGACGGAAGAAGACGUGAAGAAAUUAAUGGAUGACAGAGAAAGGAUCAAGUGUCUUGGUGUUUGCUUAAUGUAUCGGCUAGGUAGGGAAGGAAGAAAGAAGAUGAAGGUUGUUAGUAAGCUUUUAGAAGAUGGCAUUUUUGACACAGUUGGACACCCUGCUCCUAUAAUGGAUAUAUGGUACACAUCCACCACAGACUAUGAGGGUUUUGAAUCGAGAGAACUGGUUUUUAAGGAGAUCAUGGAGGCACUUAAAGAUGAUGAGAGUUACAAAAUUGGUGUCUAUGGAAUGCCAGGUGUUGGAAAGACGAGAAUGGUAGAAGAAGUUGCCAAACAAGCUAAAAAAGAAAAGCUUUUUGAUGAGGUUGCUAAGACGGUCAUAUCUGAAAAUCCAGAUCUGAAAAGUAUUCAAGAAGAACUUGCUGACUGUCUAAAUAUGACAUUUAAUAAAGAGACUCAAGGUGGGAGGAAGGGGCAGCUGCAUAAUAGAUUGAAAAAUGGGAAUAAGAUUCUUGUAAUAAUCGAUGAUGUUUGGAAUGAUCAAAUUAAGUUGGAAGAAAUAGGAAUUCCAUCUACAGGCGAUCAAACCAAAGGUUGCAAAAUUGUUCUAACGUCCCGAAGAGAUGAAAUGUGCAAAGAGAUGGAGGUGGAGAAAAAUUUCCCAAUUGGACUCUUAUCGGAGGCUGAAGCAUGGAGCCUAUUUAAGAAAACAGUGGGAGAUUCUACUGAAUCUCCUGAAAUGCAUUCUGUAGCGGAAAAAGUGUGUAGAGAAUGUGACCGUUUGCCCUUGGCAAUACUUACAGUUGGAGCAGCACUGAAGGAUGAAAAUAAGCAUGCUUGGGAUGAUGCAAUUGAACAAUUGAGAAACUCUAAGGGAGGUAACAUUGAGGGAGUGACAACAAAACUAUAUUCACGCAUAGAGUUGAGCUACAGGUAUCUAGAGCAGGCAGAUGAACGAUCAUGCUUUCUGCAUUGCUGCUUGUUUCGAGAAGAUGCUGAGAUUUCAAUUGAUGACUUGCUGAGAUAUGGAGUGGGAACGAGGUUUCUUCAAGGCAUGAAUACAUUGAAAAAAGCAAGAGACAGAACACGUGUGUUGGUUGAAACCCUCAAGAAAUCCUACUUGUUGUUAGAAGGUAAAAAUGAGAACUUCUUUAAAAUGCAUGAUGUCAUUCGACAUGUUGCCAUAUCAAUUGCAUCAAGAGAGGAACAUGCAUUUCUAGUGAAAACCGGUGUCCAAGAGUGGCCAGAAGAAGAUGAAUAUAAAUGUUGCAGUUCAAUCUCAUUACGGUCCAAGAAUAUUCGUGAGCUUCCCCGUAAUUUAAAAUGUCCAGAACUACUUACCUUAGUAUUGGAAUGCAACAAUCCUUCAGUACUAGAAGUUCCAAAAGUUCCAAUUAGCUUUUUUAAAGGGAUGGAAAAGCUUGAAGUUUUAGAUUUGUGUAAUAUGCGCGUAUUGACAUUACCAUCAUCACUAAAAAAUCUGCGGAUGCUACGUCUAGUUGACUGCCAGCUGGUGAACCUAGCUUUUGUCAAGGAAUUAAAGAAUCUUGAGAUAUUAAGCGUUAGUGAUUUUGAUCUCAAAGAGCUGGCUCAGGGAAUCGGACAGUUGACUCGUCUGCGGUUGUUGGAUUUGAGAAACUGUUAUAACGUAAAAAUUCUUCCAUCGGGUAUCAUAUCAAGUCUGUCCCGCCUUGAGGAAUUGUACAUACCAUGUUAUUUUAAGCGAUGGGGGGUUCAAGGCAAUGCAAGCCUUGUUGAACUAAAUUCACUGCUUAGCUUAGUCAUUUUAGAAAUUCAUAUACCGAAUGACAUGUUACUGCCCAAGGAGCGCCUGUUUGAGUCGUUGAUCAGAUUUAAAAUAUCCAUUGGGAGUGGAUUUUAUCCUGAGGAAAAUUACUCAGCGACAAGGAUCUUGAAACUCGAAGGUAUUACUUUGAAGAGGGAGCUUAACAUGUUGAUAGUUAAAGCUGAAGUACUAUAUUUAACUGGAUUGGAAGGUUUAAAGAAUGUGCUUGAUUAUAGAGAUGGUAAGGGGUUUCUAGACUUGAAGUAUCUUAAAGUUGAGGAUUGUGAUGAGAUGGAACAUCUAUUCAAACCAAAAUGGAAUGCACACACUAAGGGACCCUCUGCAUCAGGUUCUUUCAGUAAAUUAACUGUAUUAAGAAUUCAAAAUUGUAGAUUGAAAUAUCUCUUCUCCCCAUCCAUUGCAAGAGGCCUUCGGCAACUCCAAGAAUUAAAAAUAAGUAAAUGCAUGUCAAUGGAGGAAGUAGUUAAAGAUGGCGAGGAAGUCGUGGAUAAAAUUAUUUUUCGUCAAUUAAAGAACAUGGAGUUGGAGAAUUUACCAAACCUCAGAAGCAUCUAUGCCAACAAUAUGAAGAAGAAGUCAACUACAGAGUGUAGAUCUUCUACCCUUGCACAGGCUUUGUUUAAUGAUAAGGUUGUAUUCCCUGCCUUAGAGCAAUUGAACAUUUCAUCCUUGGGAACCAUUACAGCAAUAUGGGACAACCAAUCACUCCUAGUGAAUGAAGCAGAAGAUUCAUUUUGGCGCCUAAGGUACAUGGAAGUAUGUCAAUGUGACAAACUGGUGAAUGUGAUUCCCUCUAAUUUGCUUCCGAGGUUACAGAAUCUGGAGAUGCUUGAAGUUAAAUGGUGUGAAUCAGUAGUAUGUGAAGUUGAAGUGCUUACCAUUGAAAAAGGGUCUACGACAUCAGCACCAACAAUUGUACUCCCUCGAAUAGGAGCAAUGCAUCUAGGAAUGCUACCUAACUUGAUGCACAUGGGAUUGAACAAAAAGGUACUUUCUGAUAGUCCUCAUGUCUAUGAAAACCUAAGCGUUCUCUUCAUUGAUAAUUGUAACAGUGUGAGAAAUGUAUUCUCACCAUCCAUAGCAAAAAACCUUGUGCACUUCCAAGAAUUAGAAGUAACUGCAUGUAAGAAGAUGGAAGAGAUAGUUGCAGUUGAAACUGGACAAGGAGAAAAUAGUGAAGAAGAUCUAGCCGAUGAUGAGAUCCUCAUCUUCCCUCAAUUGAAGACUUUGACACUUGAAUACUUGCCAAAACUCAAAAGCUUUUGCUGCAGUUAUAGAUCCAAAAGAGGGGGACAAGAAAACGAAAGAGGAAAGGAGACUCUUCCCAUAGUGGAAGCACUCUUCAAUGACAAGGUUAAAUUCCCAGCUUUGGAGGAGUUGACAGUUACAGAAUUAAAAAGCCUUAGAGUAAUUUGGAAAAUCAAAUUAUUCCAAGGUUCAGAAGCAGAAGAUUCUUUCCGGAAGGUAAGGCUUAUCGAGGUGUAUGGCUGUCAAAAACUGGUUAAUGUGAUUCCAUCCAAUGUGCUUCCAAGGCUACAGAACCUUGAAAAACUUGAUGUUGACUCAUGUGCGUCAGUUGUAUCCGUAGUUGAAGUGCUGAAUGUUGAAGAAGGGUGUGCAACAUCAGCACCAACAAUCAUACUCCCUCGGUUACGGGAACUGAAGCUAUAUUCACUGCCUAACUUGAGGCGCACAGGGUUGUACCAAAAGCAAUAUUUGGAUGUAUAUCAUAGCUAUUCCGAUCUAACAAUUGUUGAUUUUUUUGCUUGUGAUAGAUUGAGAAAUGUAUUUUCACUAUCCAUCGUAAGAAAUCUUUGUCAGCUCCGAGAAUUGAGAAUAGAACGUUGUUGGAAGAUGGAAGAAAUAGUUGUCAUUGAAAAGCGACAAGAAGAAGAAGAAGAAACCGAUGACGAGAUCCUUGUGUUCCCUCAAUUAAGGAUUAUGACACUUCAAAUGUUGCCAGAGCUCAGAAAUUUCUACUGCAAUUGUGGAUCCAAAGAAGAAGAACAAACAGAGGAGGAUAGUAUUCCUGAGUGGCGAGCUCUUUUCAACCAGAAGGUUAAAUUUCCUUGCUUGGAGGUCUUGCGUAUCAAAGACAUGAAAAACUUUAAAGAGAUAUGGCAUAGCACAGUUCCAACUGAUUCUGUUCCCAAACUGAGAUUUUUACAAGUGAAAAGGUGUGGCGAACUAUUAAAUGUUGCAUCAUCAAGAUUGCUUGGAAGUUUCGAGAACCUAGAAGAACUCAAAGUGCAACUGUGUCGCUUCCUCGAAGAGAUUUUUAAAAUUGAAGGAUCAAAUGCAACAGCAGGAGUAGAUGGAAGAGAUGAGGGUGUAAGAAACGAAGUGGAAGACGAUCUUUUGCUCCCCCGAUUAAAGAGAGUGGCCCUUGAAGAUCUACCAUGCCUGUCAUGCUUUUGCAUUUCUAAAUUGCCAUCCUUAGUAACAAUGUCAAUAGAACGCUGCCCCAAAUUGGAAAUGCUUCCUCGCAAUACCUCAACACUGUGA